AUGAGAUUGUCAGAUGGGAACGGAUGCUUUCGGAAGGAGAGAAGUUCUUCUUUCAGUGCUGGUCUAAAACUCCAGCUGGAGGUUUGUUUUUGGUUUGUUUUUUUUCCCCAGGAGGAAAGGCUGUGGGCCUUUUGUACCUCUUCACCUCCUGAUGUCCCUCCCGUCAUCUCAGACCUGAGGCUUUGCGGCGGCGCUUCCUCUUGCUGGGUGGUUGACCCUGUGGAGCCAGAUGGAUGUGACUCAGGCUUUGGGCAGGCAACAGCCCGGCACUUGGACAUCAUGGGCUUUCGGGUGUUUGCCAGCGUGCUGGACCUGCAGAGUCCUGGCGCCCAGGAGCUGCGCCGGAGCUGCUCAUCGAGGCUGACGCUGCUGCAGAUGGACCUGACCAAGACGGAGGACAUCCAGCGCGUCCUGCAGCACAUCCAGGCCCACACCAACAGCACAGGACUCUGGGGCCUGGUGAACAACGCUGGGUUCAAUGACACCAUCGCUGACGCUGAGCUCUCGCCGCUGGGCAAGUUCCGUGCCUGCAUGGAGGUGAACUUCUUUGGCUCCCUGGAGCUCACCAAGGGGCUGCUGCCCCUGCUCCGCUCUGCCGGCGGCCGCAUUGUCACCGUCAGCAGCCCUGCAGGUGACAUGCCCUUCCCCUGCCUGGCAGCCUAUGGGGCCUCAAAGGCAGCCCUCAGCCUCCUCAUGGACACCUUCCGCAGCGAGCUCCAGCCCUGGGGCAUCAAAGUCAGCCUCAUCUUGCCUGGCUACUACAAAACAGGGACGACAUGUGACCCUGCCUUCUGGAACCUGCAGAAGCAGCAGCUGUUGGCCAGUCUGCCCCAGGAGCUGCUGCAGGCCUAUGGCGAGGACUAUGUGGAGGAGAUCAACCAGCAGUUCAUCCAGUUCAUGAAGGUGGCGGUGGAGGACCUCAGCGCGGUAGUGAACAGCAUCACAGAGGGGCUUCUGGCUGCCAACCCAGCCGUGCGCUACUACCCAGGGCAGGGCCUUGGGAUCAUGUAUUUCAUACACCGCUACCUGCCCUAUUUUGUCCGAGACUUGUUCUUGAAAGGAUUCUUCAUCAACCCCAAGCUGCCCCGAGCGCUGCGACGAGAGCACCACAAUGAUGUGAAGAAGGCCUGACCUCGGCCUGCACACGGCCUUCUCUGGGCUUUCCAGGCACACCAGCCCCUGAGCGCGUGCAAAGCCAAAGGCACUGCCCUCCUGCACCGUGGGGGAAAUCAGCACUAGACGUUAAAAACCAAAUUUCUUUCCAAAAUCAGGUAGAUCUAUUUUCUAUUGUGCAAGAAUCAACAUUUUCUAGAGACCUUGGUUUUGUAUUUUUUCUAACCGUGCACCCCUCCAAGAGGCCCAUCCCUGCCUGACUCAGCAGCUCUGCACCACAGGCUGGGAUGUACCUCCUCAGCUACCAACAACCUUCCUUACUGCUCUGAGCUGUUUGUCUGCAUCCCUCUUGGCUGGGUCAGGGCUGGGACCCUGCGGCCACUGCCUCCCUGCCACUCAUUACACACUCCACAUGCUCCCAACGAGUGCAGGGGCUGAGACUAGGCUGCCAGUGCUGCAGAGCUCUUCAUGAGAUGACCUAUGUGAUUGUCACUUUUUAAAUAAAUCCAUUCUUAAUAUUCCA